AGGGGAGCUGCCACUGAGUCCAAUGAUCAAACAAACAUCCCACCGAUUCUCUUUCACUCUCAUCGCCGAUUAAUUCAAUUCAUUGCCCAGUUGCAUUCACCUCCAAAUAUUUUCUCUCUCCUCGCCGCUUUCCACUGUUCGUCUGAAUUUGUGCUGUUAUGGUAAGAAAAUGGAUGUAAAAUGGAGAUGGAUGAGCUGUUUCGAGCUUCGUUUAGCAACAACGUUUGUACUGUUCUGCGUUUUUCAUCAUAAUCUCGGUUUGUGUUGGUCGCCCAACAGCGAAGGAUUGGCGCUGUUGAGGUUUAAGGAAAGAGUGAUUGAAGAUCCGUUUGGGGCGCUUUCAAGCUGGAAGUAUAAUGGCGAUGGGGAUUUGAAUCCGUGUUGCUGGUUUGGGGUUGAGUGUUCGGAUGGGAAAGUUGUAACGUUAAAUUUGAGAGAUCUUCAGCUUGGAGGGACUUUGGCACCUGAGCUUUCAAAGCUCACAUAUAUUCAAGUCAUAAUUUUACGCAACAAUUCAUUUACUGGAAUCAUUCCGAAAGAUAUUGGAGAACUGAAGGCACUGGAAGUGUUGGAUUUGGGGCACAAUAACUUUAGUGGCCAAUUUCCCAUAGAUCUUGGCAAUAACUUCUCCUUGUCAAUCCUUCUGUUGGACAACAACAAAUAUAUUGGAAGCACAGCACCCGAAAUUCAUGAACUUGGAAUCCUUUCUGAGUCUCAAGUGGAUGAAAGCCUUCUAAGUGGUGCUGCUGAAAUGGCUAACUGCAAAGAGCAGCCUUGUUUCUGGGCAGAGAGGAAACCCGGGGACCAAGGUCUGCGCAGGAUUUUGCAGGCUACUGGAUCAUUUGGUCCUACAAGAAAUAAGAGAUCUACACGGGGUAGAAGGAAUUCCAGAUCAUUGUCUCCAUCUCCAUCGCCACAGCCAUCCUUUUCUGCAGCUCCAAUUUCUUCCCCCAUUGCAGCACCGUUAUCAUCUAUAUCAGUUCCUCCCUCAAUCCCCAUGUCUGUAUCUCCUUCCCCGUCUGAAUUUUCCGUCCCUUCACCAGCUCCUUCAUUUCCAAAAAGUCCAGCUCCAAAGCCUUCUGUAGGUCCAGAAGUUGUUUCCAGGCCACAGCACACCUCUUCUGUCUCACUUCCUCCCGCUCCUUCCCCGAGUGAAGCUCCAAAAUAUGCAAAAAACUUCAGACGUUAUAUGGUUUAUGUAUUAGGUGGUAUAGCUGGGGCAAUUGUACUAGUAGUCAUUGGAUCCCUUAUGUAUUUCUUUUGCCGAAAUAAUAAGGUUGUUACUGUUAAACCAUGGGCAACGGGGCUUAGUGGACAGCUGCAGAAAGCAUUUGUUACAGGUGUGCCAAAGCUCCAAAGAUCAGAACUUGAGACGGCCUGUGAAGAUUUCAGUAACAUAAUUGGCUCUCUGCCGAAUGGCACAGUUUACAAAGGCACCCUUUCGAGUGGCGUUGAAAUAGCAGUGACAGCAACUGCUGCAAGGUCAGGUGGAGAUUGGUCAGAGAAUGUGGAAACUCAGUUCAGAAACAAGAUCGACACCUUAUCGAAAAUAAACCACAAGAACUUUGUGAACCUUAUUGGAUAUUGCAAAGAGGAAAAUCCCUUCACAAGGAUGAUGGUGUUUGAGUACGCCCCGAAUGGGACACUCUUCGAACAUCUGCAUAUUAAGGAAUCCGAGCACUUGGAUUGGUCAAUGCGGCUGCGAAUAGCAAUGGGCAUUGCUUACUGCCUUGAGUAUAUGUACCAGCUUAACCCUCCCAUAGUUCACAGAAACCUGCAAUCUUCUUCUGUUUACCUAACAGAAGACUAUGCAGCAAAGUUAUCAGAUUUCAACUUCUGGAAUGAAGUGAUUGCAGCAAAGAAAGGGGCAUCAGAGCCAUCAGAUCUUCCAUCAUCUGAUGAAGAUGAAGACUGCAUUUUUAGCUUUGGGUUGAUACUAUUUGAGAUGAUUACCGGUAAACUUCUUCCAUAUUCUGAUGGGAAUGGCUCCCUUGAAAACUGGGUAACAGGCUGCUUGAAGGAAGGGAAGCGACACACAGAAAUGGUGGAUCCUACACUGAAAUCGUACGGUGAGAAAGAGCUCGAGAAACUGUUUGCUCUGAUGAAAGAUUGCAUCCUCUCAGACCCAACACAAAGACCAGCUGUGAAAGAGGUUGUUUCCAGGUUGAAGGAGAUCACAGCUAUGGGUCCUGAUGGUGCAAUGCCAAAAACUUCGCCUCUUUGGUGGGCUGAGCUCGAGAUUUUAUCCACUGAUUCAAUCUAAGACGGUUUAAAUUACAGCAAAACUCACCUUAACCAAUCUCCAGACCUCGUAAAAAGAGUCUCACGCCUAUGCCAUGAGACUACAAAGUCAUCCGCCCAUGUUGUCAUUCUUAUUGUUAUUAUUACUGUUAUUAUUUUUAACCUUUUGAUUCCCCUCCCCUGCCAACUUGACUCCAUCAAGAAUGGUGCUGAUUGAUUGAUUCUUUAACCUGUUAUGUGUAUAUAUAUAUAUGUAUCUGUAAUGGGUUCUUUACCAUCUGUAUUUCAGUGUGCUGUCUAUAUAGAAUUCUCUGCAAUGUAACCAAUGCCAUUAAUUUUUCUUCC